GCAGCAGUAAAGAUAAAAACGCAAACGCUGCAGCGCACUGAAGACAUUCUCGCGAGUUAAUUGCAAAAAUAAUUAUGUCACAAAGCUGAUACUUGCUCCAAUAAACAAUACAACAGCAAGAGGAAAGAGCGGUGCGGUGUAGCAGCCAAUAAAAAAUUCAUCUCAUGGAUCGCAGUUUGGAUUCGAUUGGCAGCUGCUCACUAGAUGUUGAUGCCGAUUCAUCCGAUAUAUCAGAUACCAGCGGCAGUUUAAACUUUCCCACUCCGAUCUCAGUGAAGGACAUAACGCGUGAGUUCACGGCCAAUAUACGAGAACGUUGCACAAUAACAACAACGAGUUACGUCAAGCUGGAUACGCGAACGGCGGGAUUAGGAGGAGGAGGCGGAGGAGGAGGAGCAACGGCUGGAGCAGGAGCAGCAGAUAGAGUCGCUGAUAACACAAUCAGUAACAACAGCUGUCAACUUGUUGUGGAUGUGGAAAAGAAGCCGAGCUAUUUGAAUUUAGCCUGCUGUGUCAACGGUUAUUCGAAUCUGACCACCUACGACUCCAAGAUCCGUCAGGAUAUCAAUAAAUCCCGUGAGGUGUCGCCCAUACGCCCCUCAACGAGUAGUCUACAGUAUUGCAAGCGUAGUAAUUCUCUGGCGGCUCCAGUGCUCCAUCAAAUGCCGCUCACCCAGCAGCCCAUCAAGGAGACCAACAAUAAUCAUAAGCAUAGUAAUCAUAAUAAUCAUUAUCCGAAUCAUAAUCCGAUUAAUCCUGUGCUCAUGGAGCAGUCGGAGCAGUUGUAUUGCAAUGGAACUGGCAGCAGUUUCAUACAGCAGCGUGUGGAGCGUCUUUAUGGUCCUGGCGCCUUGGCUCAGGUCUUUUAUAGUCCCAAAAAGCAUAGCGCCAGCUUGUCGCCAGUUCCCAGCUCCAAUUCCAAUUCCAGAACGCCGCAAAACUCGAGCGAAUUGUCGCGUAAAUUCAAGCAACUGUCGCCGAGUAAAAACUACACUGAGUUCCAUAAGAAGUUGCACAACAAUUGCACGCCACGCAGGGAAACCGAGUUGUCAACUAAUUUACACAAUGGCGAUGUGGAUUUGCCUGUAUUUCGUCAUUUAAGUCACGAAUUUCGCGCCCAGUUGCCCACAGUGUCUCCCAAACGUAGUGUUACGCGUGUGUCUCCAGCUCCAGAGGUGCCACUCCCACAAUCCGUCAUCAAUGGCAGUAAAUUGAAAUUGGAUGUGGAUUUGGAUGUUGUGGAUCAUGAGCCCAUUCAAGUGGAUCAACUGCGAAGCGAGGAAUACAACAGCACCACCAAAUUAACAUCCACAGUUGAGGACACUCUUGUUGCUCCUGUCGCUCCUACUUCCACUUGCCAACCUGCUCCCGAGAAGGAUGGUAAUUAUUUUUUGAAAAUCCUUAAAGAGGAACAGGUGCGUCUGCUGGCGCUGGCCGCUGUAGCGGAGAAAUAUAUUGAUGCCUUGACUAACAAUCCUGACAUCACAGAGGAUACUUUUGGUCUUUUACGCUCCGCCUCGGGCAAGGCACGUCUUCUGGCUUCACAGAAAAUGAAGCAGUUUGAGGGCCUCUGUCACAACAAUUUGAAUCGAUCGCCGGAAGAUGCGUUUCCCACCACACUCGAUGAUUUACAGGGCUUCUGGGAUAUGGUUUAUCUGCAGGUGACGCAUGUGGAUUCCAUAUUUGCAGACAUUGAGCAACUAAAGAGCAACGAUUGGCAAAGUGUUAAGGCUUUGGACACUGUGCCAGUGAUGAAAGCGUCUAAAUCCUCAAAGACUGGUCCACUGAAAACGAGAGCAACUGGAGCUGCAACUGCCAAUGGCUCUAAAACUGCGGCUGCCUCCAAUUCGGUGGCACAAAUGAAGCGAGAGGCGCAACGUAAACAGCUAAUGGAAAUGAAACGUCUACGUCGUGAAGCUUUGGCUGCCGCGACUGUCAGCAAUGAUGCAAAUGUUGCUGUUCUUGUUGAAGAUGUUGCUGUUGUUGGUGUUGGUGUUGGUGAUAACAAUGCUGCAUUGCAGACAACAAUCGGUGAUACUGUUAACUCGGCCGUUAAGAACAGCAGCUGAAUUGUGCACUGCAAUAAUAAGCAAUAAACACAUGCUCUCUAGUUUAUAAAUUAGCUUAGAUUAACUCACUCACACUCACAUACACACCUACAACACACUCAUCUACACACACAACAAAAAUACUUAGAAAUUUCUAGUUGAAUUAAUCCUUAACUAGUCCCAACUAAAAAAAAAAGGAAAAAAAAAACAAACAAUUAAUUAUAUAUAUAUUCACACGGUGUGGAGCUUUUAAUAUAUUGCAUAAUUAUUAAAUCCAAAAGUGUCACCAGGUGUCACAUUAUUGUCACAACA